AUGUUCGGCGGGAGCCCAUCCCUGAUGUCCCUGGAGCACCACUGGGCUCUGGAGCCGACGCGAAAUGCCUUGGCCAGCUGGCUCAAGUACUCGGAUAACAGAAUCUUUCACAUCUCCGGCAAGCCUCGCUCCGGGAAAAUGCAGAUGGUGUAUUAUAUUGCCCACUCGGAGGUCGCCCGCGAGCACCUACAGACGUGGUGCAAGACCAAGCGCCUGACGCAGACGAUAAUUUUCUUCCGGAGGACGGACGGCACGCGGGAGACAUCAUGUGAGUGGAACCUACAAGCAAUGCUUCGGGCCAUCCUCUGGUCCCUCAUCGUCGACAAGCCAGAGCUGGCCCGGCGCCUUUUUUCACGGCAGUGCGAUUCCUAUCCGCGCGGCUUCCAUGACCCUUGUGUUAUUAACGAUGAAGAGGUGCUUCACGCCUGGAAUAGGCUUGUGACGCUAGACGACAUCUACACGGACAACAAGUUUGUGCUAUACCUGGAUGGUCUGAGCCACUUCAAGCAAGGCUUUUCGGGGAUGCUGGAUCACCUGAUGUCCGCCCGGCCGCUUGAUGUCAAGAUCUGCAUCUCAAGUCGCGGACAGGCGGAGUUUCAGGAAGGUCUGAAGGCCUAUCCCGGUUUCAUCAUGCAUGAAGUGAGUCAAGCGGAUAUGUUAUGGUACAUCCGCUGGGCACUGUUGCACGAGGACGAGGAUUGGGGGCCCCGAUUUGUCAGAAAUACGUCGCCCCUGGAAAGGGAAGAACUGGAACAACAUUUCCUGGCCAAGGUCAAUGGGUUCGUUGAUGACUGGAUGCAACAGUACGAGCAAGGUACUCAUGUCGAUGGUUUUGACCGAGAGCUGCUACGAGAGAGCUACAAAGAUGAUCCGCCAGAGUUGCCCCGGGUCUGA